GGAGGCCCUGAGGCCUGAGCUGGCCUAAAGGAGGGCGCGGCUGACCCUUGUUUAUUCCUUAAAUUCGUUUAACCAAUCUGCAAGUCCCAUCCGAAAACUCGAGUAACAAACCUGAGGAUCACGAAACCAACAACGCAAUACAACUAGGCGACAGGAUUAAGGACAAAAGCAAGAGUACGACAUGCUUUUUAAACAGUAUCCGGCGGGAAGAAGAUGAUGACCGCCAUCCUGAGAGACAGCACAACCAGGGCGGAUCAUUAUAAGUAUAGGUUGAUUUAAAAUUAAUGUCCAGCUCAGUAGCUCACCUCAAAAUAAUUUCGCCUGCGUGACUGCGUUCCACCUGCGAGAGUGCGAGGGAUCAGGGAAGCCUCCAGGCCGCCAGUCCAGCCGUCCAGACUCUAGUCGUCCAGUGCCGCCGUCCGAUCUGCGUCCGCCCUCCAGUGGUGUUGGCAAGGGGCUAUCUGCGUUGCUGCCUCCUGGCCGGCAGAGCGCCACAUCCCACUGCCUUCAGUGAAAAUUGGAAGCUCAAGUAGUUGACGCUGUCGAGUAAAAUAGCAACGGCUCUUAUGGGUAUCAUAAUAGACGGGUCUAUAUCUGGAAAUUUACCCAGCAACGACAAUACCUUCGUUGUUCACUAUCCUGCUUAUCCUUCUUCCCUCCAACGGGCCGUCGAGACUCUCGGUGGAACUGAAGCCAUUGCCAAGGCUCGCACUUCAAAGACAAACACACUGGAGCUCCGUUUCCGGCCUGAAGACCCUUAUUCACAUCCAACUAUUGGGAAGCAUAAAUCCUCACUUAAUUUUCUGUUAAAAAUAACAAAAGAAAAAAUCAUGGCUGUUAAAAAUACAGAGACCAACUAUAGAUUAUCAAAAACUUCUUCAGUGGAUAUGACUAGUAAUGACCAAAAUGAGUCACAUCCUGAAUCUUCUGAAGCUUCCAAACACGCCAAUCAAACUGAAACUGUAUCAGCUGAUGCUUGUAGAGAUGUUGACGAGGGGAAAGAGGAAGCUUUGAAAGAACAACUUUCUGCUGAUGUUGUUGCUCUAGUGGCUGAUGCAUAUCAUUUUGAUGGAAUGGUAGAUUAUCAACAUGUUAUUGCUGUCCACGCUGAUGUUGCUAGAAGAAAGAAGAGAAAUUGGGCUGAAUUGGAAAUGAAUUUUGAGAAGAGCAAUCUUAUAGAUGCUGAUCAAGAGGAUCUGAUGAUUUUAGUACCACAGCUUUUCUCCAUGAAGGAUAUGCCUGAUAAUAUUAUGUUGAAACCAUGUGGAAUUUUGAGCUCAAAAAAGAAGCAAGAAGGGGUUGUCCAACAAUGUUGGGAGAUGGAAAUAGAGCCAUGUCUUGCCAUUGACUUUAACAACAAAGAUUUUCCUAAGAAAGUAAACUGGGAGAAAUACAUUUCAAAAGGAACAUAUGAAUGGGAGUUGCAGACAGCCGUAUCCAAGUUUUUUGACGAGCGUCCAGUUUGGGCAAAAGAGGCAUUGGUUGAACGCUUACUUCAAAAAGGGAUGAAUCUUAGAGAAUCCAUGCUGAAAAGGCUUCUUUUCAGAGAAGCAUAUUACUUUUCUCAAGGACCAUUUCGGAGAUUGUGGAUAAGAAAAGGAUAUGACCCUCGCACAGAUCCUGAGUCUCGCAUAUAUCAAAGUAUUGAUUUUCGAGUACAUGAUCCAUUGUUGCAAAGUUACUGCGAGGCUCAAGCAGAAUCGGGAGUGAAGCACAGAUGGACAAAUGUAUGCUCAUUUCAAGUUUUCCCUUCUAAGUGCCAAAUAUCAUUGCAGCUUUGCGAUCUUGUUGAUGAUUACAUCCAAGAAGAGAUAAAAAGACCACAUAAGACAACAAAAUGCAGUUGUCAAACUGGGUGGUUCCCCUCUAAUGUGCUUGAGUGCCUCAGAUUGCGUGUUUCUAUCAGAUUUGUAUCUGUCUACCCCAAUCCUGGUGCGGAACAAUUGCUAAAAAAACUUUCUGCCCGCUUUGAAAGAUCAAAGAGAACACCAAGUCAUGUGAUAUGUGAUGAAGAGAAGGAACAGGAAGAUGUUGAUCUAGACAUGGAAAAUAAUGAAGGCAAUGAAGAUGAUGAUGGUGAUGAAGGUGAGGUUGAGGAAGACAAGGAUGAAUUUGAAGGACAUGACAUGGUUGACCCCAAAGGGAAUAUAUCUUCACAACAUGGUUUAUACAAUGACACCAUAUCUAGGACAUACCUCCAAGAGCUUUUUGGCAAUUUUCCUUGUACGGAUGGAAUGCCUGAAGUGCAAGUUGACCAGACAGAUGGAGAGUACCAGAUCUAUGAUCAAUUUGGUGAUGAGGAUUACUCUGAAGCUGAUGACUACUAAGGUGUCAUAUCUAGCUGGUAUGGCAGUUUGUUUAGGGGAAUAUUGUUAAUAAUAAUUAUUAAUUAAGUGAUGAACUAAAGAGGCCAGAAUACAAUCAGAAGGAUAAUGUUUCCAAAUAAGUCAGUUAGGCAUUGAAACUGACACACUAGCGAGAGAGUGAGCAGCUCAUUCUCCAGGUAGUCUUUUUAUUUUUUUAUGUAAAUUAUGUUAUAUUGUUUGCUAACAAGAGUUCAUAGAACAUGAUUGCCCUCUUAAUUAUGUAUUUUGUAAAUAUCAUUAUUCUGAGACUGAAGAAGCUGAAGUACCGGGUUUAAAGAGCCACUUGGCCAAGGAAUUUGAACUUUAAGGC